AUGGACCACGGCGGCCACGGCGGUUCGCCCUCAGGGCCAGCAUGCAAGAUCUCCAUGCUCUGGAACUGGUACACCCUCGACGCCUGUUUCCUCGCGCGUUCCUUCCACAUCACCUCCCACGCCGCCUUCGCCGGCACCUGUGUCGGCGUCGUGCUCCUCGUCAUCGCUCUCGAAGCACUCCGUCGGCUCGGGCGCGAAUACGACGAGCGCAUCCAGCGGGGGUUUGGGGAGCGCGCUAGGGCUUUGGCUGAGCUUGCCGAUGGCGACGACGAACAGGGUGGGUUUAGGGAUGAGGUGGGUGGUGAUGGGGACGGGUCAUCGUCGUCGAGUCGGACUCGGGCGAUUGCGAGGGGUGAGCCGCGGACGGUGACAUUCCGCGCGACGCCGGUGCAGCAGUUGGUGCGGGCUGUGAUUCACACGGCGACGUUUGGCGUGGCGUAUGUGGUGAUGUUGUUGGCGAUGUAUUACAAUGGGUAUAUUAUUAUUAGUAUUUUGGUCGGGGCGUUGCUGGGGAAGUUUUUGUGUGACUGGUUGACGGUUGCGGUGGUUGUUGGGGGGGACGGCGAGGGGAAGGUGAAGGGGAGUGGGAAUGGGGCUUUGGAGGAGCCUACUGUUUGUUGUGGGUGA